AUGCAUCUCAUCAGGUCCCUUGGAGUUGUGCAUGUUCGGGUUCCUCAGGUGGAAAAUGUUCGGUUACUUGAUCGUUUGUCUUCAAGAAAAGCUGCACUGGGAACCUUGUAUUUAACAGCUACCCAUGUCAUAUUUGUAGAGAAUGGUUCUGAAACUCGUAAAGAAACCUGGGUUCUUCACAGCCAAAUUUCCUCUAUUGAGAAGCAGGCCACCACUGCCAGUGGUUGCCCAUUGCUGAUCCGCUGCAAGAACUUCCAGGUCAUCCAGCUGGUCAUCCCUCAGGAACGAGACUGCCAUGAUGUUUACAUAUCUCUGAUACGUCUGGCACGACCAGUGAAAUACGAAGAGCUGUAUUGUUUCUCAUUCAACCCAAAAUUAGAUAAAGAAGAGCGAGAACAAGGCUGGAAGCUUGUGGACCUCAAUGAAGAAUACAACCGGAUGGGUAUUCCGAACAAGUAUUGGCAGAUCAGUGACAUAAACAGAGACUAUGGAGUCUGUGACUCCUAUCCUACAGAAGUGUAUGUACCAAAGUCUGCGACUGCACACAUCAUAGUGGGGAGCUCUAAAUUUCGGAGUCGAAGGCGUUUCCCAGCUCUUUCCUACUACUGCAAGGACAACAAUGCAUCCAUAUGUAGGAGCAGCCAGCCUUUAUCUGGCUUUAGUGCUCGAUGCCUUGAGGAUGAACAAAUGCUCCAGGCCAUCAGAAAAGCAAAUCCAGGAAGUGAUUUCCUAUAUGUUGUUGACACUCGGCCCAAACUUAACGCAAUGGCAAACAGAGCAGCAGGGAAGGGAUAUGAAAAUGAAGACAACUACUCCAACAUCAAGUUUCAAUUCAUAGGCAUUGAGAACAUUCAUGUCAUGAGAAACAGUCUGCAGAAAAUGCUUGAAGUUUGUGAGCUGAAAUCGCCUUCAAUGAGUGACUUUCUGUGGGGCCUAGAAAAUUCUGGCUGGCUGAAGCAUAUCAAAGCCAUUAUGGAUGCUGGCAUUUUUAUUGCAAAGGCUGUGGCCGAGGAAGGUGUGAGUGUGCUUGUUCACUGCUCUGAUGGCUGGGAUAGGACAGCCCAGGUUUGCUCUGUAGCAAGCCUUCUAUUGGAUCCAUAUUACAGAACUGUGAAGGGAUUCAUGGUGUUAAUUGAAAAAGACUGGGUUUCCUUUGGUCAUAAAUUUAACCACAGGUAUGGCAAUUUAGAUGGAGAUCCGAAGGAGAUAUCCCCUGUUAUCGACCAGUUCAUUGAGUGUGUUUGGCAGUUAACAGAACAGUUUCCUUGUGCCUUUGAAUUCAAUGAGAGAUUCCUUAUCCACAUUCAGCAUCAUGUCUACUCUUGCCAGUUUGGGAAUUUCCUGUGUAACAGCCAGAAGGAGAGACGAGAGCUCAAAAUCCAAGAACGAACCUACUCACUGUGGGCUUACUUGUGGAAAAAUCGUGCUGAUUACCUGAAUCCUUUGUAUAGAUCAGAAAACAGUCAAACCCAAGGGACCCUGUGCCCGCAGACAGCUCCAUGCAACUUCUUGUACAAAUUCUGGAGUGGUAUGUACAACCGCUUUGAAAAGGGGCUGCAUCCUCGACAGUCAGUAACUGAUUAUCUGAUGGCAGUGAAGGAAGAAACUCAGCAGCUGGAAGAAGAGCUUGAGGUCUUAAGAGAGAGAUUGGUGAAUCUUCAGAAAUCACAAUUAAAUUAUAAUAAAGUCAAGAAGAGUAAGCAACAAGACCGAAGCAAACAGUUAGGGCUUUCUACUUCCAACAACAGCUUAGCUAACACUCCCCAGGAGUAUAGUAAUGAUCUGAAAUCAUUCCCAUCCCGGAGCCCUUCACAAGGGGAUGAAGAAGAUUCAGCCCUGAUUUUGACACAAGACAACCUGAAAAGUUCUGAUCUUGACCUCUCAGCUAACAGUGAUCAGGAGUCUGGUGUGGAGGACUUAAGCUGUAGGUCCCCAAGUGGGGGUGGUUGCUUGCCUAGUGAAGACAGUGGCAAGGAUUCAGAUGAGGCUGUAUUUCUGACAGUCUGA